AAGGAUGUAUGAAAUGCAGAUCACUCUCAGUCUUCUUCCAUUUCCCUUUUGUAGUGUCAGUCACACAAGAGGAAACGCUAGGGUGUGUCCUGCUUUUGCUUUUGCCUUGUACUAGACCUAGUGUAAUGUUAGUGUCAGUGGAUUUGUUACGAUGUUUGUACUGGUUCCUUAAUGAUCAUGGAACUAGAUUCACUAGCCCUUUGAUCGCCAGCUAGCAAGAGUUUAGCUAGAUCCUCCUGUUGUCUAACACUAUAACUACCGAUCAAAUAAAUGUAUUUAGCUUUCCUCUUUCGUCUUUGUACUUUCAGUUAUAUACUUACUAUGUGGAUGCUUGGCCUAAGAGUAGAGGAGCAGCUGAGCUUGAGCGGAGUAGCUGUAGUUCAAGCUUGACAAUGGCGAGGGUCACCUGCUCUGCUCUCCAACAACUACACCCUGCACGGCACUCACUGCACAGCAUAUAUACAUCACCCUCAUGCGGCGACCAAGUACCAACAAUGGCGUCCACCUUCCCCUCGCUCGACGGCCUCCUGGCCCGCCGCCCGCUGCUGCUCUACGCAGCCACGUGGACCGCGGUCGCUGCCAUGUCUGUGGCCGUGACGGCGCUCGCGCCGGAGCUCGCCUAUGUUUGGGCAGUCGCGCCGGGGACGCCGCUCAGCAGGGCCUGCACCGGCAGCGGCUUCAACGGCGGGAGCAUCGGGCUGCCUCUCGACGGGCCGCCGUGGGAUGGCGUGUGCGUGCCGGCCAGCAUGUUUGGCCGUACCGUCCCUGAUGUGGUCGUCCCGCUCGUGUUCGCCGUCGUGGUCGUCGCCAGUGCCGUCGGGUUCACUACCGCAGUCGGCGUCUGGGAGGACGAUGAGGAGGAGGUCAGCGAUGGCCAAGUAGGACAGGUGUAGGCUAUGGCAGAUAACUCCAUAUGUACUUUCCAGUUUCUGAAUGUUUUCACCGUCAAUAGAGCAGAGACAGAUAUUCCUGAAUGUAUCUGGCACUGAAAAAAGAUUCAGGCAAAAUAGCUCUGAAAUUAAGAUGA